CCACUAACAACAAUGAUGCAUACAUUUUGGCCUGAGACAAAGCUUAUCAGGGGAUCCCCAGACAUCCUAAGAGCCAGGGAUAUGUGGAAAAGGCCAACGGCGACAUAAAAAUGAUGUUAUGGGGAUUGAUGCGGGAGAAGAACAUGUUUAACUGGGUGGACUUGCUCAAGCAGGUGCAAUUAACCAAAAAUACUGUCAACCAUAGAGUAAUUGGAAUGUCUCCCUACGAAGCAAUGUUCGAGCAGAAGCACGCAUCACCUAUGAAAAUCACAGAAUAGGAGACUGACUACGAAGGGACUGAUCAACAACAACAAUAACAACAACCAUGGGAUCAACAGAUGGAGAUUGAGGAAGAAGACGGAGCGGGGGUAGAACAGGAGCAGUAGCAACAAAAACCAUCAUGGGAUGAACAGAUCGGUCGCAGGGAAAAAGACUGAGUGGGGGUACAACAGCAGCAAUAGCAGAAACAAUAACCAUCAUGGGAUCAACAGAUGGGGUCCAGAGAAAAAGACGGAGACGGGGUACAACAACAGCACCAACAACAACCAUGAUGGGAUGAACAGAUGGGGACCAGGGAAAAAGACGGAGAGGGAGUACAUCAGCAGCAAGAGGAGGAGGAGGGAAUACAAGAACAAGAAAAGCAGCAGCGGUUAUACAAUGAAGAGGUAGAAAUUUCUGGAGAUGAAGAAUUGGUAGAGGAUGAGGAAGAACUGUAAAUGAACAACAUUUGGAAAAUUUUAUAAAGAUCAGACAACGAGUGAGAGAUGGGAUCGAACAACAAGCAUCUAAGUUGAUUAAACCUACUUUUUCCUAUUCUUUACAUCCCGAGUUCAACGACUGUGUCAACGUCAUGAUUCCUUAGAUGGAUCGGCCGAGAAAGAUGAGCAUGCAAAAUUUUGUUGGAGUAAUUGUGGGCAUCGAAGAAAAAAAAAAAGGACACAAAUUAUACAGUGCAGUAACAGAAUACGGUUUUAUAAGGCUAUUACUCUCUCGCAAUCAAUUUGAAAUAUGCCGCCGAAGGAAUGUGAUAGAUAUCGAGACGGUGAACAGAGAACGGACAGUAUCCAUCAGAAAUAGCUUCCGCGGAAGCGAUAUAGGGCAGCGAGGAGCCCUCCUCCAAUGUUUGUCACUGUGCUACAGAUUUCUGUAGGACAAUGCGCUGAUUUUGCAAGAGAAGGGGCUUAUUGUGUACGGAACGGUGUAAGCAUAGGCGUAAACCCAAAACCGGUCGCAUCAAUCAAGA